UAACAGUUUCCUAACAGCACUUACCAGUUCUACAAAUGGAACACUCAGUGCUUUAGGAAUUAUUGGUUAUACUUUUCUGGGAAUUGGAUUUUUUACUGUACUGGUUUGCUUUUUCGGAUGUAUGGGUACUUACAAAGAAGUUAAAUGUCUUCUGAUUAUGUAUAUGGCAUGUUUGGUCUUAAUAUUUUUGGUACAGCUACUGCUGUCGCUUUCAGUGUUUUUUUCAAAGAGUAAAAUUGCUAACUUAUUGGAUACGGAAAUAAAUAAAAUCAUAAUCAAUUCUGGAAAUAUAAGUGCCACAGAUUCUGAUGAAGUUGGAUGGAAACUGUUUGACCUAGUGCAAAAAUCUUCAAAAUGCUGUGGAAAUAACAACUUUACAGACUGGAAAAGGAACAAGUACAUUGAGUCUUUGAAUGACACAGCUGUUUUGCCUUGUUCAUGCAUCAAUUCAUCCAAGUCAGAUGACAUGCUCUUCUGUAAAAUUUCACCACAUUCUGAUAACUAUUACAAGAAGGGUUGUGGAGCACAAAUAGAAGAAUGGUUUUCACAGAAUAUCCUUUCCAUCUUAGGAAUUGACAUUGGAUUGGCAGUAGUCGAGAUAUUCCAGUUCACGUUUGCUUUGGUUUUAUUUAAACAAGUUAUUAGAACUGGAACGCUUUAGCAGAAAACUCAGAAGUCAAG